AUGUGCCAGCAGCUCUCAGCCAUUCAGGUUCGCGUGCUGGGCUUCCUCCUCGCAUUUGAGGUAGCACAUCAAUCCACCGUCGGCUGUUGGAUUUUUCAAGUUUUGAAACGGAGUUGGGAUAACCGCGCAGCAGUUCCAGAGUCAGAAAGCGUUGUUGAGGAGCCACAAGUCGAGCCAUUUUCUGAGCAAGACAACAACGGACAAGACAACAACCAACGAGACAAUCAACCCGACUACAAGAGCACACGAUCUCCUUGCCAACUGGGCCGCGGUUUUUGCUUAAGUGCCGGGUCCUCAGCCUCCUCCUGA